CUCUCCUUUCCUCAACCCAACCCAACCACGGAGCCCAAUCCCCAAGCUAGCCAUCAGCAGCUCACGCCAUCGCCCUCGCCUUGCUGCCCAACCUCCCACCGGCCUGCCUCUUCUACCCCCAUCUAGUCCCCACUCCUGCAUGCCCAUAUAGCUGCCCUCGCAGAUCGUCCUCGCCGCCUUUUGCUGCCCAGCUUCUUUCAUCCUCGCCCAAAGGAUUCAGCACAGUUGCACGAUUGGCACCAGCCGCGCGCAAACUGCUCCAGCUCUCACCGCCACCCAACAUCUCUCUCCCCAGGGACACUGGUUUCUUGCCUCAGGCGCCAGCCUGUUGUCAACGGAGCAGCAUUUACUCUGUGCUUGCGCCCAAUCCUCAUCUGGACUAGCGCCCAAAGCCCUUGCCUGGGCCUCUCCUCUGGAACAAUGGCCAUUAUCAUGACUUGCCAGGACUCCAUGCCAGGGUUCGACGACGUCCACACACCCGCCAGCGAGUUCAACUUCUCUCAGGCCACAACCCUCAUGCCCUCCCCGGCAACCGGAAUUUUUCCUUCUUUCUCUCAGACAGGACCAGCGGACCUGGCAGGUUCGACCUGGGAUUCGGCAGUUGAAGGCACACAGAACUUUCCUGACUUCCAGGAUCACGGAGCGGGCGAUUCCUACUCCCCGUUUACUCUGGGCCAUACCACCCCGACCCAUGGCGAGGAGGACUUCCACAGCAAGUGGUCCAUGCCUACUGCCCAGGAUGCCGUCCCUGUUUCCGUUGGCUCGGAGCCCAUGCGCCGCCUCACCUCGAGGAGCUCGACCAGCAGCCACAGGCACAGCAGCGCGUCCAGCAAGGCCCGCAGGCGGCUUCGCGCCACGCUCGCCCAGGCCCCUGAGCUUGCCUACAGCCACAUGACUGGCAACGGCCCCAUUACCUCUGGCCGCAUGGUUGAUGUCAGCCAGUACCUGGGAAUGGAGAGCACCAUGAGCGUGCCCUCGCAGAGCCUUUACUCGGGCCUGAACCCCACCUUCACGGCCGAUGGCCUUCCCUUUGCCACCAUGACUCCUGUCCUGAGCCAGCAUGUGGACCCCACUUGCACACAGAUGGAUUUUGAGCCCGCCAUGGGCAACUCCCCUGCACACUCGUGGGACUCUUACAGCACUGGUCUUGCCAGGACCCCCUCUCCUGGCGCUAUUGAGGACGCCUGGAUCGGCGGCCAGCGCCUUGCCUCCUCCCCCAACACCACCGGCUCUUCUCCCGUCUUCCCGGGCCAGUCGCCGAGGUAUGUUGCAAUGUCGAGCCUUUUUCCGCAAUCCCUUGAGCUUCCCGUGUCUCACAGUGAGGAUGUUCUCAGGAUCAGCCGGAAGUACUGUGCCCAGCCCAUGGAGGAGCUCCCAUCCCAGGAGUUCUCUCUGCCCCCCGCUUUCGCCCGUAUUGGCGGCAGCGAGAUCGAGUCUCCCCGCGACCAUGCCCUGUACAAGCAGGCCGUCCCCCACCCCGACGGCAUGUUCCACUGCCCGUGGGAGGGUGAUGAGAGCUGCAACCACAAGCCCGAGAAGCUCAAGUGCAACUAUGACAAGUUUGUCGACUCCCACCUCAAGCCCUACCGCUGCAAGCUGGAGUCGUGCGAGAACGCCCGCUUCUCGUCGACCGCCUGCCUUCUCCGCCACGAGCGCGAGGCCCACGGGAUGCACGGCCACGGUGACAAGCCCUUCAUGUGCACCUACGAGGGUUGCGACCGCGCCCAGCCCGGCAACGGAUUCCCCCGCCACUGGAACCUGAAGGACCACAUGAAGCGCGUGCACAACGACACCGCCCCUGUCCAGAUCCCCACCAGCUCCGGAGGUUCGCCGCCCCCGUCCGGCCCCAGCCCGACCCAGGUCAACAAGAACCGCAAGCGGAAGAAGGAGGAGCCUGCCCCCACCCCCAGCCGGAAGUCCUCUCUCAAGUCCCAGGCCCAGCCCCCUAUCCUCACGCCGGCCCCGACCCAGAUCUCCAAGGCUGAGGAGCGCCAGGCUCGGGCUGCCGAGAGGUGGCUCGACCAGCAGCGCAGGCUCGUCGAUGUCGUCUCCCGCCUGGAGUACGACGACUCCAACGUGACCCAGCAAAUCAAGGACGCCCAGGUGCUUCUGGAUGCUCUCUCCAGCUGUGCCCCCGCCGCCAAGAAGGCCACCUACGUCAAGGGCGAGUACCGCAGGUCCUACACCAACUGAACACAACAGAAAAACAAGAAAAAAAAUCAAGAGACAAAAAAAAUCACAAACACAACCCCACAGAAAAAAAAACAGGUUAACAGAUUCUAUACCAGGGAGGUUGCUGGACAGAUUUUUUGCUCUUUGGCGCAGGAGGAAAUAAAAAACGGUGUUGGGUAUUGGACUGUGUAUGCACACGGAAGUAUACGGGCGGCGCCAAAGGUUUUCGGAUUUGGUGAAGGGCGCGGUUCAUGCCCAGGAUUUCGGCUUGCUUUUUCUGGUUUGGUUUUUUGGAGUGUCGGUGGGGGUUUGAUCCACGACGGUCUUUUUUUGGGAUACCUAGACACACGGUUCUGAAGGUCGGCCUUCUGAUUUCUACUGUUUCAUGUUUUGCUCUUUUAUUUUGCGUCAUCUUUGUCUUUUCCCUUACCACCAUCUUUUAGUCAUGCCUCCCCUUUGUCGAUUCACUAUCUGUUUGGAUCUACUAGCACUUUUGGGACUCACAUUUGGCAUUUGCUUUCUGGUUGGAUUUGCAUGAACCUGCUCAUUUGGAUACCCUGAGCAGCCCCGGGUUAUGGCGCUCAAGGCGUAUUCUGGAGUUGUACAUGACAGCACCUCUUGACAUCAGAGGAAGAUUUUGUUUAUACCCUUGCCGGAAUUUACCAGGCUUUGUUUUAUUUCACUUUGAUAUCUAUGGGUGUCCAGCCCGUGAUUUGCGCAGUUAACUGUCGGAACCGCCAACAGACCCAGACGCCUCACCACG